CAGCAGUACCUGAUCAGUAGUACUUUCAGCUCCUAAUUCUCGUAGACCGCCAGCCACCAUGGAAGCCAGCGCUGGACUUGUCGCUGGCUCUCACAACCGAAACGAGCUCGUUGUCAUUCAUGGCCAUGAAGAGCGAAAGGCUUUGAGGAACUUGGAUGGUCAAGUCUGUGAGAUAUGCGGGGAUGAGGUGGGGCUAACUGUGGAUGGAGACCUGUUUGUGGCCUGCAAUGAGUGUGGUUUUCCAGUUUGCCGGCCAUGCUAUGAAUAUGAGAGGAGAGAAGGGAGCCAGCUUUGUCCUCAGUGCAGGACAAGAUACAAGCGUCUCAAAGGGAGCCCAAGGGUUGAAGGAGAUGAAGAUGAAGAGGAUGUUGACGAUAUUGAGCAUGAAUUCAAAAUCGAGGAUCAGCGGAACAAGCAUAACCAUAUUGCAGAAGCGAUGCUUCAUGGGAAGAUGAGCUACGGAAGAGGCCCAGAAGACAAUGAAAAUGGCCACUUACCGAUCCCACCAGUUAUCGCUGGUGCUAGAUCCCGACCGGUGAGCGGUGAAUUUCCAAUAUCAUUUCAUGCUCAUGGAGAGCAGAAUACGCUAUCUUCCUCGUUGCAUAAACGGGUGCAUCCGUAUCCAGUUUCUGAACCUGGAAGUGCAAGGUGGGAUGAAAAGAAAGCAGAAGAUAGUUGGAAAGAGAGGAUGGAUGACUGGAAAAUGCAGCAAGGCAGCCUGGGGCCUGAACCGGAUGACUAUGACCCUGACAUGGAUAUGAUAGAUGAAGCUAGGCAGCCUCUGUCAAGGAAAGUACCGAUUGCUUCUAGCAAAAUCAAUCCUUAUCGGAUGGUGAUCAUGGCCCGGCUUCUAAUUUUGGCCUUGUUCCUCCGAUAUAGACUUAUGAAUCCGGUGCAUGAUGCCUUUGGGCUCUGGUUAACGUCUGUGAUAUGUGAAAUUUGGUUUGCAUUUUCAUGGAUCCUUGAUCAGUUCCCAAAAUGGUUCCCAAUUGAUCGUGAGACCUACCUUGAUCGUCUCUCUCUCAGGUAUGAGAGGGAAGGCGAACCAAAUCAGCUGGCACCAGUUGAUAUCUUUGUCAGUACUGUGGAUCCCAUGAAGGAACCUCCUCUUGUUACAGCCAACACAGUUCUUUCAAUCUUGGCCAUGGACUACCCGGUUGAUAAGAUCUCAUGCUACAUUUCGGAUGAUGGUGCUUCCAUGCUCACGUUUGAAGCCUUGUCUGAAACUGCAGAAUUUGGGCGGAAAUGGGUACCUUUCUGCAAGAAAUUUUCUAUAGAGCCUCGAGCCCCCGAGAUGUACUUCUCCGAGAAGAUUGAUUAUCUCAAGGACAAAGUUCAGCCUACCUUUGUUAAGGAGCGUCGAGCUAUGAAGAGAGAGUAUGAAGAAUUCAAGGUUAGGAUAAAUGCACUUGUGGCCAAAGCUGUGAAGAUUCCUCCAGAAGGAUGGAUCAUGCAAGAUGGGACACCAUGGCCAGGAAACAAUACUAAGGAUCACCCUGGUAUGAUUCAGGUCUUUCUUGGUCACAGUGGAGGUCUUGAUGCUGAAGGAAAUGAGCUUCCUCGUCUUGUCUAUGUUUCUCGUGAGAAAAGGCCUGGUUUUCAACACCACAAGAAAGCAGGAGCCAUGAAUGCUUUAAUUCGGGUCUCUGCUGUGCUUACCAAUGCUCCUUUCAUGCUAAACUUGGACUGUGACCACUAUAUUAACAACAGCAAAGCUGCGAGAGAGGCCAUGUGUUUCUUGAUGGACCCCCAGAUUGGAAGAAAGGUUUGCUAUGUCCAAUUCCCUCAAAGAUUCGAUGGUAUUGAUAGGCAUGAUCGUUAUGCAAACAGAAACACAGUCUUCUUCGAUAUUAACAUGAAAGGUCUAGAUGGAAUUCAAGGUCCUGUAUAUGUGGGCACAGGAUGUGUUUUCAGAAGGCAAGCUUUGUAUGGGUAUAAUCCUCCAAAAGGUUCUAAGCGCCCAAAGAUGGUAAGCUGUGACUGCUGCCCAUGUUUCGGACGCCGCAAGAAGCUAAAAUAUGCCAAACAUGGGGCAAGUGGAGAUGAUUCAAGUGUACAAGUUGAUAUGGAUGGUGACAAGGAGCUACUGCUGUCCCAAAUGAAUUUCGAAAAGAAAUUUGGACAGUCUGCAAUUUUUGUGACUUCAACCUUAAUGGAACAGGGCGGAGUUCCUCCUUCCUCUAGUCCUGCAGCCCUGCUCAAAGAAGCCAUACAUGUAAUCAGCUGUGGCUAUGAAGACAAAACUGAAUGGGGUACUGAGGUUGGUUGGAUUUACGGGUCUAUUACAGAGGAUAUCCUCACUGGUUUCAAGAUGCAUUGCCGGGGUUGGAGGUCGAUAUACUGUAUGCCAAAGAGACCUGCAUUCAAGGGCACAGCUCCAAUCAAUCUGUCGGAUCGGCUGAAUCAGGUCCUUCGGUGGGCACUUGGUUCCAUUGAGAUAUUUUUCAGUCAUCACUGCCCUGUUUGGUACGGCUACAAGAAAGGGAAACUCAAGUGGCUCGAGAGAUUUGCCUAUGUCAACACCACUGUCUAUCCCUUCACCUCCUUACCUCUCCUUGCAUACUGUACCCUCCCUGCCAUCUGCUUGCUCACUGAUAAAUUCAUCAUGCCACCGAUAAGCACUUUUGCAAGUCUCUACUUUAUUGCCCUGUUCAUCUCAAUCUUUGCUACUGGUAUUCUUGAGCUGAGAUGGAGCGGAGUCACCAUUGAGGAAUGGUGGAGAAAUGAGCAAUUUUGGGUCAUUGGAGGUGUCUCAGCACAUCUCUUUGCUGUUGUGCAAGGCCUACUGAAGGUUUUGGCUGGAAUUGAUACUAACUUCACUGUCACAUCCAAGGCAUCAGACGAUGAGGAUUUUGGAGAAUUAUACACCUUUAAAUGGACAACGCUUCUAAUCCCUCCGACCACCAUCUUAAUCAUCAACCUUGUUGGAGUUGUCGCUGGGAUCUCAGAUGCCAUAAACAAUGGAUAUGAAUCAUGGGGACCUUUAUUUGGCAAGCUCUUCUUUUCCUUCUGGGUGAUUGUCCAUCUCUAUCCAUUCCUUAAAGGUUUGAUGGGGAGGCAGAACCGAACACCGACCAUUGUUGUCAUAUGGUCAAUCCUUUUGGCUUCCAUUUUCUCCUUGCUUUGGGUCCGCAUUGAUCCAUUUGUGUUAAAAACCAAGGGACCUAACACCAAACAAUGUGGAAUUAACUGCUAAGAUCUGAGCCACUAGAAGAUACGUGACAAUCUUCUUUUGUUAGUGUAGUGUAUGCACCAACAAAUGAGAGAUGCAGAGGAUCGAAUAAAGAAAGAGAAGUUUUUUGUGCAGUAUAUAUGCUAGGUACCCAGUUUAGAGAGUGAAGGAAAGAAAAUGUUGCUUAUAAUGCUUUUGCCAAAACGUUGCAAAUUUAUUCACAGUUAAUUUGUUUUUAUCA